GCAGCAGGAGCCUCCGUCGGGCUCCGGGGCAGCCCUCCUCCAGCAGCAGCCUCUGCUCUCCGGGACGUGGCCAGGGCUUCGCAGCGUCGUGGUCCCCGCUCGCCGCCGCCAUGGGGUCCGAGGACCACGGGGCGCAGAACCCCAGCUGUAAGAUCAUGACUUUCCGCCCCACCAUGGAGGAGUUCAAAGACUUCAACAAAUACGUGGCUUACAUCGAGUCGCAGGGCGCCCACCGGGCGGGCCUGGCCAAGAUCAUCCCCCCUAAGGAAUGGAAGCCGCGCCAGACGUACGAUGACAUUGACGACGUGGUGAUCCCGGCCCCCAUCCAGCAGGUGGUCACGGGCCAGUCGGGGCUCUUCACGCAGUACAACAUCCAGAAGAAGGCCAUGACCGUGGGCGAGUACCGGCGCCUGGCCAACAGCGAGAAGUACUGCACCCCGCGGCACCAGGACUUCGACGACCUAGAGCGAAAGUACUGGAAGAAUCUCACCUUCGUGUCGCCCAUCUACGGGGCCGACAUCAGCGGCUCGCUGUACGACGAGGACGUGUCGCAGUGGAACAUCGGGAACCUACACACCAUCCUGGACAUGGUGGAGCGCGAGUGCGGCACCAUCAUCGAGGGCGUCAACACGCCCUACCUCUACUUCGGCAUGUGGAAGACCACGUUCGCCUGGCACACGGAGGACAUGGACCUGUACAGCAUCAACUACCUGCACUUCGGGGAGCCCAAAUCCUGGUACGCCAUCCCUCCGGAACACGGCAAGCGCCUGGAGCGGCUGGCCAUUGGAUUCUUCCCCGGCAGCUCGCAGGGCUGUGACGCUUUCCUGCGACACAAGAUGACUCUCAUCUCGCCCAUCAUCCUCAAGAAGUACGGGAUCCCCUUCAGCCGGAUCACGCAAGAGGCCGGGGAGUUCAUGAUUACCUUUCCCUACGGCUACCACGCCGGGUUCAACCACGGGUUCAACUGCGCCGAGUCGACCAACUUCGCCACCCUGCGGUGGAUCGAUUAUGGCAAAGUGGCCAGUCAGUGCACGUGCCGGAAGGACAUGGUGAAGAUCUCCAUGGACGUGUUCGUGCGCAUCCUGCAGCCGGAGCGCUACGAGCUGUGGAAGCAAGGCAAGGACCUCACCGUGCUGGACCACACGCGGCCCACGGCCCUCAGCAGCCCCGAGCUCAGCUCCUGGAGCGCCUCCCGGGCCUCGCUCAAGGCCAAGCUCCUGCGCAGACAAAUUAGUCUGAAGGAAAACAGACACUGGAAAAAGGCUGAGGAGGAGAGAAAACCGAGUCUAGAGAGAAAGAAAGAGCAGACCAAAAAGCCGGGGCCGGCGUCUCACAGGAAGCGGACACAGCCCAAGAAGCCCAAGCCAGAAGACUCCAAGUCCCCCGUAGAGGAGGCGGCCGGGGCAGCCCUCCUGGAGGAGGCCGCGGGCAGCACCAAGGAAGAGGCAGCACAGGAGGCCGACCCCGAGGAGGAGGAGGAGGGGCUGCAGCCAGUGCCGGGCCGCGAGGCUGAGGGCUCAGAAGAGGACGGGAGGGGCAAGAUGCGGCCCGCCAAGGCCAAGGGUGACCGCAGGAAGAGAAACUGCACUCCCCUGUCGCCCCCGCUGCCCCCAGCGCCAUCGGUGCCUGGCCCCGCUGAGGAGGCGCUGCGGCUGCCACCUCCCGUGGAGCUCCCGGUGCUGGCCCCGGGCCCUGGGACUGCAGAGGAGAGUCCACCACUGGCACCCCUCAACGUGGUGCCCCCCGAGACACCCGGCGAUGAGCAGGAAGUCAAGCCAAGGCCCAUCAUUCCCAUGCUGUACGUGGUGCCCCGGGCUGGCACAGCGGGGGCCGAUAGGGAGCGGGUGGCCAGCCCACAGGCCUCGGAGCACUUGGCCCAGAAGGAUCAGGCUGCCCCCAUGGAACUGACGGGGCCGGAGGAGUCCAAGGCCAGGGCUGAGGAGGUGCAGGUCCCAUCUGUGUCGCCCAAGCUGAGGGUGGAGAUCAAGAGGAGCCGGCGUCACCCCCUGGGCAGGCCACCCACGCGCUCCCCACUGUCCGUGGUCAAGCAGGAGGCUUCCAGCGACGAGGAAGCGUUCCCUCUGUCUGCGGAGGAGGAUGCGGGCGACCCCGACGCCCUGAGGUCCCCGCUGUCCCUGCAGUGGAAGAGCCAGGCGGUCAGCUUCCAGGCCGAGAGAAAGCUGAACGCGGCGGCUGCGCGGACAGAGCCGUACUGUGCCAUUUGCACCCUCUUCUACCCUUACAGCCAGGCCCUGCAGACAGAGAAGGAGGCGCCCCCGGCCUCCCUCGGGGAGGGCCCCUCUGCUGCCCCGCCUGCCGGGAGCCGUCGGAGGACGCGGCCGCUCAUCCCCGAGCUGUGCUUCACCUGCAGCAGCGAGAACCCCGAGGCCCUGCCCGCCAGCUCCGGUGUCGGCGACGACGGUACCAGUCCGCUGAUGGUCUGCUCCAAGUGCUGCCUGCAGGUGCACGCCAGUUGCUAUGGCAUCCGCCCCGAGCUGGUUAACGAGGAAUGGACGUGUUCCCGGUGCACAGCCCACGCCUGGAACGCGGAGUGCUGCUUGUGUAACCUCCGGGGGGGCGCCCUGCAGGUGACCACCGACAGGAGGUGGAUCCACGUGCUGUGUGCCAUCGCGGUCCCCGAGGCCCGGUUCCUCAACGUGACUGAGCGCCACCCUGUGGACAUCAGCGCCAUCCCCGAGCAGCGGUGGAAACUGAAGUGCGUGUACUGCCGGAAGCGGAUGAAGAAGGUGUCGGGCGCCUGCAUCCAGUGCUCCUACGAGCACUGCUCCACCUCCUUCCACGUGACCUGCGCCCUGGCCGCCGGCGUCCUCAUGGAGCCCGACGACUGGCCCUACGUGGUCUCCAUCACCUGCCUCAAGCACAAGCCCGGGGGCCAGACGGUGCAGCUCCUGCGGUCGGUGUCACUGGGCCAGGCCGUGCUGGCCAAGCACCGCAGUGGCCUCUACUACCGUGGCCGUGUCAUCGGCACGGCCACACAGACUUUCUACGAGGUCAACUUUGACGACGGCUCCUACAGCGACAACCUGCACCCCGAGAGCAUCACGAGCAGGGACUGUGUGCGGCUGGGCCCCCCGCCCGAGGGCGAGCUGGUGGAGCUGCGGUGGACGGACGGCAACCUGUACAAGGCCAGGUUCAUUUCCUCCACCACGAGCCACCUCUACCAGGUGGAGUUUGAGGACGGGUCCCAGCUGACGGUGAAGCGAGGGGACAUUUUCACCCUGGAGGAAGAGCUGCCCAAACGCGUGCGGUCCCGGCUGUCACUGAGCACCGGGGCCCCGCAGGAGCCGGACGCCCCAGGAGAGGCCAAGGCCGCCAAGCGCCCGCGGGUGGGCGCCGAGGACGCGGGCCAGAGCCUCGACUACCUGGCCUUCAUGGAGAACCUGCUGCAGGCCCAGGCCCAGCCCGGGGCCCCCUUCUAGGACAGCCACCCGCGCCACCCUUUCCCCCACGCCCCGGCCAACAGGCCUGGGCGCUGUGCGCUGUGCUGGGCAGCCCGUGGCCAGGCCGCCCAUCCGCCCGCGAGGCGCAGGGGGCCUGGACCCCUCGGCUGGCGCCGGCCGGGACUCAGGGAGCGGGGCCGCAGGCUCGCGCCGCCCGCCCAACUACUCAGAUUUGUAAACCUUGUUAGGCUCUUCUCCAAAAGGUGCUACCGCGUUCGUCUCCCGGUGCCGAGGGCGCACCGCCCGCCGAGGGUUCUCCACAGGCCAGGCCAGAGGAAAACGCCCCGGCCCUCCACCUCUCCCGGGCCAUUUCCUGCAUCUGUGGCUUUACAAGACACACACACAC